CGUCACUUGCCUGAACAAACGCUAGUGCAGAUUAUUAAAACUUGCUGCGAAAAUUUGUUAAAUUAGUGAAAACGAAAUAAUUAACGUAAAUUUCACUAAUUACCUAGCAAUUUUUUGGCGCGAAUACAAACUCACCCGUUAAAUAGAUAAAGCAUUAUCGUGUCGUUUCUUUAUUUCACACUAUAAGUUGGCAUCAAAACUCUGAUGCAUUUUCAGAAGAUACCAUAUGACAUAAUAAAUAAGCAAUGUUUUCCAACACAGGCUGCCUUAGGCUUUUACGUGCACAAAUGUCCGAUUUUUUUGUCAAGCGAACACGAAGUUCAACCAGAUGUAUUAAAAUACUAUCUCAGGAGAAAAAACAAAAGUUGGAGAGCGACGGAGUUACAUCCUCACCGUCCCUGAGUCCUGAACAACUCGAACGGAUAUCUAAUAACAAGAAGGCGGCUCUGAAACGGCUCGCUGCAAACCAGGCUGAACCGAACCGAAUUGGAGAGAGCUGGAGGGAAGCUCUAAACGCAGAGUUCGGGAAGCCCUACUUUAAAUCAUUAAUGUCGUUUGUUGCUGCGGAGAGGCAAAAGCACACCGUCUAUCCACCUGAAAAUGAAGUUUUUACCUGGACACAAACUUGUGACAUAAAAGAUGUAAAGGUUGUGAUUCUUGGCCAGGAUCCUUAUCAUGGACCUAACCAGGCUCACGGGCUGUGUUUCAGCGUGCAGAGACCUGUUCCUCCUCCACCAAGCUUGCUGAACAUCUUUAAAGAACUGGCUUCGGACGUCGAAGGCUUUGAGCAGCCUGGUCAUGGAGAUCUUACAGGAUGGGCAAAACAAGGAGUUCUGUUGCUGAACGCUGUGCUGACUGUGCGUGCACACCAGGCCAACUCUCACAAAGACAAGGGCUGGGAGACUUUCACUGACGCUGUGAUACACUGGCUCAGCACCAACACGCAGGGUCUUGUUUUUAUUCUCUGGGGCUCUUAUGCACAGAAGAAGGGGGCUGCCAUCGACAAGAAACGACACCAUGUUCUGCAAACAGUCCACCCCUCGCCUCUCUCUGCUCACCGGGGCUUCUUUGGAUGCAAACAUUUCUCAAAGACCAAUGAACUGCUGAAGAAAUCAGGAAAGAAGCCCAUUGACUGGAAAGCUUUGUGAUGCUGGAAUCCUGUUUGCCCAGUUUCAUUGAGCCUUUGAGGUUUUUUUUAUGUUCAUUUCCUGCAAAAGUAUCCACACGUUCGCGCUGAUUAGUUUUUGUGGUUUAUUUCACUCUUGUGUAAAUUCCCCAUCUACAUUUUCAUAUUUUCCUUUUAAAUGUUGCUGAUGUCGUUUUAAAUUUACAACACUAAAAGUUCAUGUGUUUAUGCCUGUUAACACAAUAAACUAUUUUUCUACAUAAUGUUAUGUGCC